CGCCCCAAAACACACACACACACACACACACUGGUGCUGGGCAGCGACUGAAGCGUACGGCUCCACUCUCUGUGUGUUUAAGAGCAGGCGGACAUACGUUGUGUUUCUUCUGACGGUGUGUGUGUGUGUGUGUGUAUGUGUGUGUGUGAGAGUGUGUGUGUGUGUGUGUGUGUUGGUGAUGUAAUUGUUUAACUCCAGCAGGUCAUAACAGGGGAAUCAUCGGUUGAUCAUCAUCUGAGAUCCUUCACACACACAGACGCUCAGAAACCGGAUCGUGAUGUGGCCGCGCGUCCUGCUAGCGUGUUUGCUGCUCGAGUUCUGCUGCGCCGCUCCACACGCUCACAUCAACCGGCUCGCGCUCUUCCCCGACAAGAGCGCCUGGUGCGAAGCCAAGAACAUCACGCAGAUCGUGGGACACACGGGCUGCACGCCACGAUCCAUACAAAACAGGGCCUGUCUGGGUCAGUGUUUCAGCUACAGCGUUCCCAACACAUUCCCACAGUCCACCGAGUCUCUGGUCCAUUGUGACUCCUGCAUGCCGGCGCAGACGCAGUGGGAGGUGGUGACCCUGGACUGCGCCGACAGUGAUGAGGCCCCGCGCGUGGAUAAGCUAGUGGAGCGGAUCCUGCACUGCAGCUGCCAGUCGUGCAGUAAAGACAGCGGCCAGGAGGGGGCGCUAGUGCAGAUCUACCCGUCAGAGCUGUCAGACGACACACACACGCGCGCGCAUUCAGACACACACACACCCGAGGGCGGGUGACGCCCGACUCUCGCUCUGUUCAAAGCACUUUUACACCUAGAGAUCAUGACACUAAUCCAGACUUUAGCA